UCAUUCUUGUUUCUUUCUCACUCAGUGAGCUGUGAGCCUGGAAGCCUGGAUGCCAGCCUUAAAGCAGAGGACAGAGAUUUUCGGUGACUGAGGCAAAAACAAAACAAACAUCGGUGGGUUACACUAACUCAAGAUGGGCUCAGGACAGACAAAAAACAAACCUGAUGCUACCAAUCUAAAGAGUGAUUUAACAUCUGAGGAGAAGAAGACGAAGAAGGAGACGGAGAAGGAGACGGAGAAGUGUUAUGAUCCUGAAGACUCAACACUUAGAUUUGUUGAUCGGGAGGAUGAAAUGGAUUUUUUGUACAUUGGCUUCAAGUCUCGCAGAGCGCUGAUGUCAUGUGGUCAUGCUGUCACUCCGAUGUCUCUCACCGACUGGUGUCGCAGAUUGUUGGAUCAGGGUGAGAGCAGAUUUGUCUGUGGUCAAACUGACUGUGAUGCUGAAUGGUCCUUCAAGGAGGUUCGUAAAAUGGCUCUUCUGACCCCUGAAGAAAUGAGGGAGUUUGAAAAGAAAAUGUUUAACAACUCUAAGGAUGUCAAAUCAUGUCCUGGCUGCAAGUCUCGUGUGAUGAGAGCUGACCUGAAUGAUCUGAGUGUCCUCUGCUCAGUUUGCACAGCUGACAAAAAGAAGGUCUACAGAUUCUGCUGUCAGUGCAUGAGGGAAUGGAAAGGUCCAUUUCCACGUUCAGACCGCUGUGAAAAUGAUGGCUGCAUCAAUCAGAUACUUGAAACACUGAGAAAGUGUCCAGAGAUCAUCUUUGAGGAUGUGGUGGGUGUCACUGGUUGUCCCUCCUUCCGUGCCUGUCCCACCUGUGGCCAACUGCUGGAGCAUAACAAAACUCAGUGUAAAAACAUCGUCUGUCCCCGAUGUAAGGUGGAGUUCUGCUUUGUGUGUCUGAAGGUCACCGCUGAAUGUUUGGAGUCUAGUGAACAUUACGAGCCUUGCUCCAGUGGUGUCGCCUCCAGACAAACCUCUAUACCUGUGUGGAAGAGGAAAUAAUCUUAAUAACACCAGACUGUGAUUUUUGUUGAUGCAACACUGUGGUCUUUGACAAAUGUACACAGCUGUGUGUUUUGUAUGAGAGAAAAUGGCAGCAGAGGCCAUCAUCAUCAUCAUCAUCAUCAUCAUCAUCAUCAUCAUCAUCAUAACUGCUGUUUGUUUCAA